AUGUCUGCUCCAGUCUCAGCCAUGGCCUCCCCAGCCACGGAUGGGCUCUAUCAACCUCAACUGGACGACGGUGAAAUGCCCUUGGAUUUCUUAAAUUUUAUGGGCAUGGAAUACGCGAACGCUUCAGCAGCUUCUCAACUCCCGUCUCAAAUGGACAACUUGUCGUCAUCCUUACCCGAGUCAUCAUCGGGAUCCUCUGCACGAGAUAUGGCCAAAUCCUUAUCUCAAAACGAAGGACAAGUACAACCUGUUGGACCGAGUCAGAUGAUGGGUAUGACGCCUGAAACGUUGAUGGGAUCUCAGCGUGGGAUGGAACUGGGUCUAGCAGCCUUAUGGCAGGCUCAAAAUGGACAGAAUGGGCAGAAUGCCGGCGAGUUCGAUCACAACCAAGCACAAUUGCUUCAACAACAACUCGAACAGAUCCACAUGCAAUCUCCCAUCGUCUUUGAUCCAUCCGCCUCUCAAUCCCCUCUUCAAGCUCUCGCUCAAAUGUUACAUCCGAAUCUACAAAGUGAGCACCCAGAACAUCAAGCGUUCCCAGAUGGUCAGACCUUGGCGGAAAAAUGGGCGGCAUUCAGUGCAGCCCAUGGGGUCUUCACACCGGCGCCAAGUGGCGAGAUGUACCCACAAAACAGAACAGACCUGGUCGCGCCGAUGCAGCUAGACCUGCGGAAUGAUCACCCAGAUCUUGGUGUCGCCCCGCUUCUAUCUCCCGCUCCAUCCCAGAACGGUUCCACCUUCACUUCUCCCGUUGCUGCCAUGCCAUACCAACCUCCCUCUCAUCUUUCACCCCUCGAAGCACUGCAGGAACAACAAAGACAAUUUCAACAUCAACUGGCAGUGCUACAACAUCAACAGCGGCAGCUGGAAGCUACUGCCGCUGCUGUCGCGAUUUCACCGUACAUGCCUGCCUCGUCUGCGGGCCCCUCGCGCCCAGUCACUACUCCGGGGAUAUCAGGGCCCCAUUCGAAUGCCUCGACGAGCUCACCAGGUUACUUUUCUCCUCUGACUUCACCCGCUUUGGAAUCGAGCAAUAGAUCAGGCCAUUUCGCAUCUCAACGAGGUAGACCUCAUCCUCUGUCUGCUCUGUCGAGUCCCGCUUUGAAUCCAGUCGGAUCCUCAGGAGGUGCUCAGCAGACACUCAGUCCGGCGUUCGGACCACAGGCCAACUCCGAUCUUGCUGAUGCCGAUUUAUUGUCGAACCUUCAAGGUUUCAUCGAAGGCCGAGUCAACCAGAAUCCCAGUCAGUUCUCCCUGAAUCAUGGUACCGGUCCGAAUAGACAGUCGCUUCCAGCCAGAUCUCGACCUUCUCCCAUGAUGAAGCCGACCCCUCCCGGUCGGAAACGUGACGGUGCAUUUUCCGUACCGAAUUCUCCAGUGGCGUUCAAGCCCGGCAACAAGCCCAAUGCUCCAUUGACAUCUCUGCCCCCUUCGGCCAUCCAGUCCAUGCAAAUGUCCAAUCCCGGUUCGACGCCAUCAACACCCAGUCCAGUGGAUCUUGCUCAAAUGAUGCCGCCUCCACCUGUCCCGAACGACAAGUCGCUCAAUGUCUCGCCAAUGACCCCAGCAACUUUGAUGAAUAUGGCCCCGAAGAUCAUUCCGCCAAGAGCAGCGGCGGCAGUCGCAGCUGCAGCGAAUACAGCGGCGGUCCGUAAGCCAUCCAAUGCAGCGGCACCACCGGCUAAACGUACAACAAGCCGCCUCGCCCUCAACACCGCGGGCAAGCGAGCAUUGGCGAUGCGUCCGCCUAGUGUCGGUGUAAAAGCAGCUACCAAAGGUGCCGCUGCCGCCGCUGCCACACCGUCUGAAGGAGAAACCCGCAAAUCAUCUCACAAGCUGGCAGAGCAGAGACGGCGAGACAGUCUCAAGUCUGGGUUUGAUGAGUUACGACUCCUGUUACCGCCCAUCAAUACGGAAGCGUUGGAUGCCGAGACUGGAGAGCCGCUACCGGGCAGUUCUGCGCCGAGAUUGUUGCCCAAAUCCACUCUGGUCCCGGACGAUAAUCCGAAUCGUGGGGUUUCCAAAGUCGCCCUUCUCAAAUUCAGCAACGAGUACAUUGUCAGACUCCACGACAAGGUCGAGAAGCGAGAUAGCUAUAUCGACAAGCUUCGGGACGAGAUUCGACGACUUCGACUCGGAUCGAGUGAAGAAGUACGAGGUGAUGAAGGGGAGGAUUUGCUGGAGAUGGAUAUGCUCCAAGGCGAAGAAGACGAUUUGGAUUCUGUCUCUGGUGAUGGAGAUGAUGACGGCGAAGCUCAAAUCAAUGGUCAUCAUGACGAAGACAAAGACGAAGAUAUGGACGAUGAUGAUGAGAUUUUACCCGUCAGUCGGAGGAGAGGCAAGGCGAAUGCUGUCGGAAUCAAACAAUCUCCAGCGCUUCAAGCUGUCAAUCCCGCUCCGAAUAGAAGAGGGAGCCUCAAGUCGGCUCAGAGUGCGAGGUAG